GAGGAGCCAUCGCCGCCGCCUCCGCCUCCUUAACUGGGGCAAAGGUGAGGGGGGACAGUGCCGGCCUUGCCUCCUUGCCGCUGUCUCUCUCCCCUGUGUGUGUCUCCUCUGUCUCUCUCCUCUGUCUCUCUCCUCUGUGUGUGUCUCCUCUCUCUCCUCUCGUCUGCUGUCCCCCCCUGUUGUCUCUCUCCUCUUGCCAUGGCCGAACAGCAGCGAAUCAGCCCCGUGAAGAACUUCUUCGCCGGCGGCUUCGGCGGCGUCUGCCUCGUGUUCACCGGGCACCCCCUCGACACCAUCAAGGUUCGCCUCCAGACCCAGCCCCGACCGCUACCCGGCGAGUCUCCCCUCUAUGCCGGCACCUUCGACUGCUGCCGCAAGACCCUCGCCAAAGAGGGCCUGCGGGGGCUCUACAAGGGCAUGGCGGCGCCGCUGGUGGGGGUGGCGCCCAUGUUCGCCGUUUGCUUCUUUGGAUUCGGCCUCGGCAAGAAGUUUCAGCAGACGCACCCCGAGGACUCUCUGACGUACAUCCAGCUCUUCAAGGCCGGCAUGCUGUCCGGCGUGUUCACCACGGUCAUCAUGGCGCCCGGCGAGCGCAUCAAGUGCCUCCUGCAGGUGCAGGCCAACACGGGCGGCAUUAAGUACGCGGGCCCCAUGGACUGCGUCAAGCAGAUCUACCGCGAGUCCGGCAUCCGCGGCGUCUACAAGGGCACCGCCCUCACACUCAUGCGCGAUGUCCCAGCCAGCGGGAUGUAUUUCAUGACGUACGAGUGGCUCAAGAACGUCCUCACGCCGGAGGGGGGCAGUGUGUCUGACCUGAGCGUCCCUAAGAUCCUGUUUGCGGGAGGCAUGGCUGGAAUUUUCAACUGGGCGGUGGCGAUCCCGCCUGACACCCUCAAGUCUCGCUUCCAAACCGCACCGGAGGGGAAGUACCCGCACGGGUUCCGUGACGUGCUCAGGGAGUUGGUGCGGGAGGAGGGAGUCCUCUCUCUCUACAAGGGAUUCACGGCCGUCAUGCUGAGAGCAUUCCCAGCCAAUGCGGCGUGCUUCCUGGGGUUCGAGGUUGCCAUGAAGUUCCUCAACUGGCUCGCACCCAACAUGUGAACCCCCCCUACCCCCUCCUCCCCCACCAUCCCCCCACCCCUGCUGCUCUCACAUCUCAAAUACUGCUCCCACAUUAUGAGUGGGGGUUCACAGGUUGCCAAACCUCCCUCUCCCUUCCUCCACCGGUCUCCCCCUGGUUCCCGCCCUCUCCCCAUCUCCCUCGACCUCCCCCGCAUCUCUUUCAUCCCCCUGUCUCGCUCCGCCCUCCCCCCACACACCUCCCCCACCUCACUGGCCUUAUCUGGUUCUGCUGCCUUGCCUGCCGCGCGUGGCUAUGGUGACUCUGCCGGGACCAGCAGCACCCACCAAUGCAUUCUGCGCCGUUGCCGGAGCCCCGAGUGAACGGUGGCCCCCGUUACGAACGGACAUUCGGGGCGGACGGAGAUACCACUCCGUACGUCGCAGCGCCUUAAUGGGGUUUUAUUAUUUUCAUAGUUUUUUGGGGGGUUUAGCAAUCGUAUGGAGGUGAUUGGAUCGGUGAAGCACGUGAGAUGAAAAAAUGUGAACAAUUUGUAAAGCGUAAUAAAUAUAUGCCUUGAGAAACUUGAGACGAAA